UUCCGUCCUGACACUGUAGACUGUUUCUAGAGCUAUGUAGGCUCUACAGGGGCAGAACUUUAGUAUUCCCCGUUCUCUGAAUAUGCCUACUAUUUCUCUAACUAGAUCAAGUGUACAUCUAAACAUUCGCUUGGCCAGGAUACUUUCUCUGGUAGGCUCAAUUUCAGAAGGUUUGCCGGUUAGAAAAUUAACGUGUCUUUAAAUCGCUAUGAAUCUACGUUUGACAAUCCUACUCAAUAUAAUAGUCACAUCGCUUCAAGACAACAAGGUAUUUAUCAGGCAAUCAUCCAGGAUGGCCGAAACAGCAGGUGGUGUUAACCAAUUAGCCAUCUAUACUUGCGAACUGACCAGCGGAGUUAAGCCACCUCCACCACCUACGUUUUUCAAGUCUAUCUCCCUUGUAAGGACAAUGCACGAAUCACGCCUUGAAAUGGGCGAGGUCUCGGUCUCAACAAAAGAGCCUUCGGAAACUCUGUGUCUGUUAGAGCAAUCUAGCGGCGAACUCAAGUUGAACCAACUGUUUCCACCUUCAAAGCCAUGGACAGCUAAAUUCGAGAUAAGGAAUUUGGUCUGGUCCACUGUAAGUCUCAUUCUAACACUAAGAGAACUACAAUGUAACGAUUCGGGUCUAUAUCAGUGCGUCACGGAAGUUGCGGACGAGACGGAAUUGCGUAAAGAUAAAGGACAUGUGUUGACUACUUCCGCUCCGACAACCAUUGACUUGAGUUUUGCAACGCCCACGGAAACUGGCAAGCUCUCAGUAACAACUGAAGCUGGAGCAAAUGUUACAUUGACCUGCACUGUUACAGGACCACCAAACAUAAACGUGUUUUGGAAAUUCGCAAAUCUGUCAUCAGCUAAGGAAGCCUAUCUAGAGGGUCUUUUGUUUCAACAAGGAAACAAAUGGAUUAGUGAAACUGGCUGCGUCACCAUGUCUUACACCUCUGAGAUUCACAAAAAAGUACAGGCAGGCGAUAAUGGAACCACAUAUUUCUGCUGCGCGACGAACAGAGAAGACAAAGAGAUAACGCGAGAACAACUUACUAUUUGGGUUAAAGAUUCGCCCAGUCAUAACAAUGAUAGAAUCGACAAUAACCACAACAAUGACAAAAGCCCCAACGGUGACGACAAUGACAAAAGCCCGAAUGGUGACAACAAUGACAAAAGUCCCAAUAAUGACAACAAUGACAAAAGCCCGAAUGGUGAAAACAAUGACAAAAGUCCCAAUAAUGACAACAAUGACAAAAGCCCGAAUGGUGACAACAAUGACAAAAGUCCCAAUAAUGACGACAAUGACAAAAGCCCCAAUGGUGACGACAAUGACAAAAGCCCCAAUAAUGACUACGAUGACAAAAGCCCCAAUGGUGACAACAAUGACAAAAGCCCCAAUAGUCACGACAGUGACAAAAGCCCCAAGAGUGACGACAGUGACACUAAUGGAAAGGUCUCCUCUACCUAUAGGAAACAAUAUUUAGCCAUUCUUCUCACCAUUUCUAUAUUUUUAACUUAGUAUGUAAAGAGGACCUGAACUCUUUCUCUCCUAAUUGAUGAUGCCAAUGUUGAUUUGACCCCAUUAAACUAAAUUGAUGUUUGGAGUUACAAACUUUAGUUUGUGUUGUGUAACAGGAGCAUGUAUUCCCCUACAAUUCAAUAGCAAAUAUAACAUUUUCUGACAACAAACAAAAAAUGUUAUUAAACUUUAACCCUAACAGGACAGUGAAAUAAAAAAUUAGCAAAAAUUAAUAAUUCUAUCGGAACUAGGAAAAUAUGAAGAGAAAGAGUUAAAUGACUUUUAGAAAUGUUAUGAAAAAAAAUUAUGAAAUCUGUAUGUCGUGAGGAGGGCACUCUGAAUUUUGACCCAUGUAUCCUUGGUUGCUAAUAGUUUGAAAUGUAUAAUUAAUUUGCUUAUAGUAAUUUUUUCAUAGUUCCUUAUGCAUUCUAAAUGUUUAAUUAGUGUCUUCAAGCAGGGCUGCUGGUAAAUAACAAUGUUUAGUUUCACCGAUAUUUUGACAUUUAGAUUCCUUAAUUUUUUUUAAAUACUUCACCAUACCUGUACCACAAUAAAGCUAAUCCAACAGUAAAAAUUUCUAUAAGUUUGUCCUGACAUAACAAUCAAUCAAUCAAUCAUAACAAUUGUUAGGAAGGAAACUUUUUUUUUUCUAGUGUACUAUUUUUCAUUAAUUUUAAUUUCAUUGCUUUUAUCAAAUUGGCAACAAUUAUUUAUCUAUCUCACCAGGACAUUUGGUGUCAAAAUUAUUAUUCAUAACAUAAAUUGUAAUUUGGUGUGUAAAUACAUUAUUACAAUUUUUAAAAAUGUAUUAUUGCUUGUAUAAUAUUAUGAUGUGUAAUAUUAUCGUAUUUCCUUUAAGAUGCUUUUUUUUUAAAAUCCUAUAAGAAGAAAAGCUUUCUAUUAUCCAUGCACCAAUGAAUUAUUUUCUAAUUAAAACGUUCCACAAAACUUA